UGACAUUGUGAGUAUAGUAUUCGUUGUUUGACAUUACACAAAUUGAUGCCGGUUUUGUUAGCGUUGACUGAAUUAUAGAAUUUAGAGGUAAAUUUGGGUUCAAGAUAAUUUGUCUGCCAAAUAAACAAUGGGUAAGGAUAAGAAAGGAGACUCCAGUGAAGCUUCAAGUGAGGAGGAAUAUGUCGUCGAAAAGGUUUUGAAUAGAAGAAUGGUCAAAGGCAAGGUCCAAUAUCUUUUGAAAUGGAAAGGUUACAAAGAAGAAGAAAGUACAUGGGAACCAGAAGAAAAUUUAGACUGUGAAGAAUUGAUCAAGGCUUUCGAAGAUAGCAGAAAGGAGAAAGAGGCCAAGUCUAAAAAGGCUGAAGAAGAAAAACGGGGUAAGAAACGUGUCCGUGAAUCCAGUGAGGAGACUAGUUCUCGCAAGGGGAGAGGCGUGAGUGUGUCCUCCACUGACGACAAUGACCAUUCCAAAGGGAGCAAAGGAAAGAAAGACGAAAAGGAAAAGUCAGGCUUUGAAAAAGGUCUUAAAGCUGAAAAAAUUAUUGGUGCAUCUGAUGUGACUGGGGAGCUCAUGUUUUUAAUUAAGUGGGCAGACUCCGACGAAGCUGAGCUGGUGCCAGCUAAAGUGGCUAAUGUCAAGUGUCCACAACAGGUAAUAGCUUUCUAUGAGGAGAGGCUAACUUGGCACACUCCGGCUGAUUCAGAAUGAUAAGUGUUGUGUCGUGGACCUUUAUAUUGAGAAGUGUACAGGACGGGCCUGUGACAUACAGUGUUUGAACUGAUUAAUUGUAUUACUUACUAUUCAUAUUGAUAUGUCUGGGUGGAGCUAUGGGAUGUUUGGAUAUGAUAGAGAAUGACAGUUCUAGAUUUAAGGGAGAGGACAGUAGAAAAUAUUUUUAUGACAUUAAUACAUACAUUUUAUAAAGUAAUCUGCUAUGUGUAAAAUUUUUCUUGAAAUGUGAACAGAAUAUAGAUUUUCGUACUAAAAUAUAGUAUAACCAUCUAUACCACGGGUCACCAAAUGGCGGACCGCAGUCUGCAUCCGGACCACCAACCUGUUGUGUAUGAACCUCCAUGG